ACAGCUGAUUGUUCUGGUUGUUCUGUCAGACAGCUUUUAUUUUGAUGGUUUGGGCGGAAGAUUAAUCGUAUAAAUUCCAGCCUGAGCUGAAGUAAAAGCCCGUGCUUGUGUUUUUCCUCAGCUGAAACGUCUUCGCGCUCCUUCGCCGGGCAGUCCGGGUCAGGAAAGCGAGUCCACCCCUCGCUCUCCCCGCCUCUCUCUCUCUGCAUCGCCCUCCGUCUCACUCUCUAAACUUUGGAGACUUUUGCGCGUCCUGGGCGCAUUCUGGAUUUGCUGAUUUGGAGUCUGAAAACUUUCAGCGCGAGAAAAAACUGGAAAGCAGAGAAAGAAAAAGGGAAAGAGGAAAAAAGGGAGAAAAGAAAAAGGAGGAAAGAAGACCUUCCCUCGGACACCGGACAGGGAGAAUGAUCCUGCGGGGGGACCAGCUGCCGCUCCAGUGAAACAUGGAGACCUUUAGAGGUGAAGGCGGAGGAGGAAGAGGAGGAAGGUGGAGACUUCGUCACGUUGUCCCGGUGGUUCUGCUGUGGAUGACCCUGCACAGACACGUACUGGGCUGCGCCUCCACAAACUGUAACCUGGUGCUAACGGAGGCCCAGGGAGAAAUCACAUCACCGUGCUAUCCCCAGAGAUACCCCAAUUCGUACAACUGUAGGUGGAUCAUGCAGGCCCCCACCGGCUUCAUUAUCCAGCUGUCCUUCCUGGACUUUGAACUGGAGGAGGCGCCGGGAUGCAUCUAUGACUGGGUGAAGGUGAAUACAGGCAGCGCUGAAGUUGUGUUCUGUGGUCUGACGGCCAACGGGCUGACGCUAAACUCAACGGGGAACCAGAUGGUGCUGUCUUUUACCUCCGACUUCAGUGUGCAGAAGAAAGGCUUCAGAGUUAGCUUCCAACAUGUUGCUGUGGCCCUGAGGAACCAGAAGAUCAAGAUGAGCAGCGGUGUCGGGCAGAUCACAAAGGUCGCCAAUUCUGUUUCCAUCCCUGCGCUGAGUCAGCUGACCAUAUGCUUCGAGGUGGAGCGCACCAGCCUGAAACAGAAAGAAUGGAUCUUCACUUACUCCAAAGACAGCAGCGCCAUGUUGCUGAGUCUUGGUUCCGAUGGAACGGGGAUGAAGAUGGUGGUUGAUGGAGUGGUCUGUCCAAUAGACAACAUCAUCUUACCAUCUGACUUCACUAACUCCAUGAAGUCCUUCUGUGUCCUCUGGACAUCAUCAAAUGGACGUGUGGCUGUUUACUUCAAUGGGAACUACUUGGCCAAGGCCUGCUCCAGCUCCACCGGACACUCCGUGCAGGCUGGGGGAGAAUUCCGGAUAGGAAGUCAGCAGCAGAGCUUCGAUGGGAACAUCUACAACCUGCGGCUGUGGAAUUACGCCAUGUCCAUUCAGGAGCUCGGCGCAUUAAAGUGUGACCACGUGGGGAAUGUCAUCGACUGGGACAACAGCUACUGGACCAUCCCGGCCUCUCUGGCCCAGACGAACACCUCGCUCAGCUGCAGCGUCUUCCCAGUGAGCAACGCAACCCUCAAUAAUAACUGUGACCCAUCUGCGCUGGGCUGCCCAGCUGUUUCCUCUCCUGCCACCUCAUCCACUGACUCCACUAACACCAUCUACACUACUAAUGCCAACACCCACGAUGAGCAGUUUUACCGAUUCGAGUUUGUGGUGGAUGACAGCAGAUCACAGACGACACGGGAGACGCUUAAAUCAGCUGUGGCUCUUUGGCUCAAUCAGACCUUUCAGGACUGGAUCCACAAAGUCUACGUGGGCAACAUCAGUGUUCAGCUGAGUCCACAGACUGCAGGAAACCUGAGCAGCUAUGAGUGCCGUGGUCUGCUGGUUUAUACCGAGAUCAUCAACAAGAACCUGAGCCUCAUCGAUGAUGCGUCUGCCCGGCUCAGACAGGGGAGCGUGUCAGAGGGUGUGGAGAUCCAGAGCGCCUCUGUGGAAGUCAAACAGAUUGAAAAUUGCCCGUACGACCCGCCUUGGCCUGAAACCAGACCGACCGUUACUGAGUACCAGCCCUGCUUCCCCAACAAGAAAUGGAGGACCUGUUUAAUCAGUUCGAUGAACUACUCAUCGUACUGGUCAGAUCCAGACGGCAGCAACUGCACUGAUAUCGACUCCAUCCAAGUGUCAGCAGAAAAUGCAUCUGAUGUAGCGGAGCAGCUCAAAGCGUUCACCAACAACAAGCUGAAUGAGAAAGAGGUGUCUAAAGUGGUGUCAAAGGUGGAACAACUAGUGAAUGUAUCCAAGAUCAACUUCACGUUAGCCUCCAGCAUCGUCACCAUCAUCUCCAACGUCAUGAGUGGCUCAGCUACAGUCCCGGCAGCCUCAGACAAAGCUCUGAAGACCGUGGACGAGCUGGUGCAGAAGAUCCAGUUUGAUGGUCCGUCCAUCCAGAUCAAUUCCAAGAAUCUGGCUGUGGGAAUUCUGGCCCUCAACACGACGAUGUUCAACGAAACGACCCUCAGCGCCUUCAUGUCUCCAAAUAAGUCUGACCCACAGAUUGAUUUUAAGUCUAAGCGGCCGAAUCCUUUAGCUCAGGUCACACUUCCCGCCUCUCUGCUGUCCAGAGUCUCUCAUGCCGAAGCCGACACACCGUCCAGGAUCAGCUUCAUGUUCUUCAACAGCCCCAGUUUUUUCCAGAAAAAGGCAGAAAAUGAAUUGAUCAGCUACGUGGUGGCGAGCAGCGUGGUGAACGUCCCCAUCCACAACCUGAGAGACCCAGUGAGGAUCGAGAUCGCUCAUCGCUCUGACCCGGCUCGUGGGACUCUGGACUGCGUUUUCUGGAACUUCACCAAGAACGAUGGAACUGGAGAUUGGAGCAAAGAAGGCUGCAAAAAAAACUCCACCGAAUCCACGGCCAACAAAACCGUCUGCCUGUGCGACCACCUCACACACUUCGGUGUCCUCCUGGACAUCUCUCAGACUUCGCCCUCCAUCGAUGAAAAGAACAACAAUAUCCUGACCUUCAUCAGCUACAUCGGCUGCGGGAUCUCCGCCAUCUUCUCUGCUGCCACGCUGCUCACGUACAUCGCCUUCGAGAAACUGCGACGUGACUACCCGUCAAAGAUCCUGAUGAACCUCAGCACAUCUCUGCUGUUUCUCAACAUGGUGUUCCUGCUGGACAGCUGGCUGAGCACCAUGAAAAACGAUGGGCUGUGUAAGGCUGUGGCCAUUUUUCUCCACUACUUUCUGCUGACCUCCUUCACCUGGAUGGGGCUAGAAUCGGUCCAUAUGUACAUCGCUCUGGUCAAAGUCUUUAACACCUACAUCCGCCGGUACAUCCUGAAGUUCUGCAUCGUUGGGUGGGGUCUUCCUGCUGUGCUGGUUGUGAUUGUCGCUGCGGUGGAAAAAGACGCAUACAAAGCAGUAGAAUACAAAGGAGGGUCAAAGUUCUGCUGGAUUACCAAUGAAGCCGUCUUCUACACCACCUGCGUCGGUUACUUCUGCCUGGUGUUUCUGCUCAACAUGGCCAUGUUUGUCGUGGUGAUGCUGCAGAUCUGCGGACGCAACGGCAAACGCAGCAACCGCACGCUGCGGAAAGAGGUUCUCCGAAACCUACGGAGCGCCAUCAGCCUCACCUUCCUGCUGGGAAUGACCUGGGGGUUUGCUUUCUUUGCCUGGGGACCGGUCAAGCUGACGUUCAUGUACCUCUUCUCCAUCUUCAACUCGCUGCAAGGCCUCUUCAUAUUUAUUUUCCACUGCGCCCUGAAAGAAAAUGUGCAGAAGCAGUGGAAGAGAUACCUCUGCUGUGGCCGAUUCAAGCUGUCAGACAACUCAGACUGGAGUAAGACAGCUACCAACAACACCAAGAAGGUGAGCUCAGACAACCUGGGCAAGUCUCUGUCCUCCAGCUCCUUUGGCUCCACCACCGCCAACUGGACCUCCAAAGCUAAAGCGACGCUCAACCCGUUCAAACGACAUAGUAACACAGCUAAAUACUACUCCAAACAGACCAAUCCAAAGUGCAUCUCCUCAUCCUGUUCCUCCUCAGAAGUGGAGCCCAACUCCUCUUCCUCCUCGUCCUCCAUCCUUCCUGUCAGCCAGAUGAUUGACAAGGUGAAAGGUUACUGUUCCACACACUCUGACAACUUCUGCAAGAACAUCAUCAUGCCUGACACCUGCACCCACUGCACCAGGUUUUAGAUUGCCCUCAGCACUUCUGCUGCCCCCCCCCCGCCAUUAGAAUAUGUUCUAGACCUGCUCACAUUGUUCUAGAAACUUCUUAACGUCCUGUUCACAGCUUCACUGAAAGGCUUCUGUUAAAGGUUCAUACAUGAAGCGCAGCACUGGAACAUGAGUCAUUAUUCUGUACAUGCCGCUGAACAUUAUUGAACCUUUUGUGUUCUGGAAGUACGUCUAACAUUUCUGGAUUUCAGCAUUCAACUGUUCAGUCUGUUGGAUAUCUUCCUAAUGUUCCCGAACUUUGUGAGAGCAAAAUUUGAUGUUUUGAAACGUAUCCAAGUAUUCUAAAGUUGUGUGACAGCCUCAUUCCAAGAGAAAGGUUGUAGCAAGUACCGGCUGAGUGAGAAUUACAGAACAUGAUUAUAAACUCAAUGAAGCCUGAGUCAGUGCCCUGAGACUUUUGCACGUUCCAGAAAUCUCCAACAUUAGACAGUCCCUGUGUUUCGAAAACUCUCAGAGCCUCAACGGUUUGAGAAGCUUUGAAUUGUAGAGCUCAUCCAAGCAGUGCAGAGCUCUAAAAGCCUUAGUCAGAGAGUGUGUUUUUUAAUUCUUCUGAUAUUCAUUCAGAUAGCCCCCUAACACUGUACAAGCCCAACACCCACACAAACUGUUUAGAAGCGUUCUGAUUCUGUCUCAGCCUCAGAGAUGUCCCUGAAAACUUUAUUAAAUCGUGUGUCAUCAUGUGAAUUGUUUGUUUUGCUGUAGGAGCACAUAGUUUUUUGUACAAUUAAUUCAACAAUCUGCAAAAAUUAUUGAUAUGUGUUUUCAGUUAUGUUAAAUUUACAAGGAGCAGGCCGGUUUGUCAGACUGUACUCUAAUUUGAUUGGAUAUUUUUCCUCAGUACAGAGUAUGCAAUAACGUGAUUAAAUUCCUUUGUACAAAAGUCCCAAAAGACUUUUCAAGAAAUAUGCUUUUUUUAUGAAAUAUGCUUAAACGGCAGCCUGUGAACUCAUCAGAAUUAAGUCAGUCAACAAAAUUAUUAUGAUUAAGAAUGAUAAGAGAAGCUACAGGGUGGUCAGUGACGCUGAUGUGAUUCUACUGUAUCAUAUCAAAUUACCAAAAUUGGCCGACUUGGCUGCCAGAAUGUAAGAUGAAACUAGGAGCAAGGGGGAGUGAUCAGAGGGGUGAGGAAAGACAAAAAAAUGAAAAAAAAGGAUGUUAUCGAAGAAAAAACUAGACUCUUAGGUUUGGCAUCUUUUUAAUACUGUGAUGUUUAUUAAAACUGUCCAUUUGUGCACGUGUGUGUGGAGCCAUACCCUCUGUAAAUAUAGAUCUAUGUAUUCUAUGUGCCUUAUUUUUAUUGUGAAAAUCUGUCUGGAUGGUUGAUUUUAUUCAUGCCUUUGUAAGGUCCUCAAAGGGUCACUGCAACUGUACAUACUUUAUGCUUUAUAUACAUGCUUUAAGUUGUGAUGACCAAAGGGGCAGAAAUAGGAUGGACACACACAAAAAGAGAAUUGAACAGAAUAUAAUCUCCACCGGGAAAGGCCGAUUGAUCAAGGUGUUUUCAAAUACUCAUUUAACAUAUUUACAUUUAUUAAAAAUAUUAUUAUCAUGAACAAAACUUGGUAUGUCUAUUGAUGGAAUGCUUGAGUUUAUCAACACAUAUUUUGAUUUUCAGACUCCAUUUUUGAAAAUGUUGUGCUCAUAUAUAAUUACUGUAAUAUUUCCCACAUGUUUGGUGGUUUAUUGGAUAAAAGAUGUUGAAGCUUUCUUGUGCAUGUCAGCCAGAGUUUAGCAAUCAUAGUGGUAACUUCUUUACUGUUCACAUUUGGAGGUUUGUUUUCUUACUCUUGUUCUAAUAUCUGCUCUUAUUCAGAAUUUUGUGAUAGUUUUUUUAAGGUAAUACAACUGCUAGAAUGACAAUAUUUAGCCUAAAGGACUUAUGGAUAAGUUUACCCAGAUCCCAGCAAAAAUGCUAAGUCUGCCGAUGUUGUGGUUUAGACAAUACAACUCAGCAUCAGUGUGUCUUUUCAUAUCAGAUAUUCAAAUUACUACAAGUAUUUUGCAGACCUCCUUUUAGAAGGAACAUAUUUUUAAGAGAAACCUGAUGACAGCCAAGUGAUUACCCAGCGGUCCUGGAAGUGCAAGAGGAAUUCCAUCCUAGUCCUUUCAUGUGGUGGCAAAUAUCUAAAGCAGAGGAGAGUUAAAUAUAUCAGCAUGAAAAACGAGAGAGAACAGGAGCAGUGACAGAGGAUAUUUUUGUUCUCGUAAUUCAGCUGAACUGAUCCAUGAAUUUAAUCAUCAGUAUCAUUUUUUCUUUUUAAGAGAAUCAACCGAGUUAGCAAAAUAAUCUACACUUAUUUCUCAAAAUGUAAAAAAGUCAAUAUCAGUUUCAUAUUAAUGUUGUUUCAUCACCUUCUACACAGGUAAAGCAGCAUUUUUACAUAUGGUUUAAUUUGUAAAGCCAUGAAAGUCAGCACUUCCUUCCCUUCCUUAGACUUUAAAUCCUGAUAAGAAUUCCUUUGUAUAAUAAAGAGAUAUAAAAAGAAACUCCGUGGCACACAUGCAGCCACCAUGCAGUGAUCAAGUGUGAUAUUCAUUGUUUGACUGUGUUUGUAUCAUGGACAACAUCGUCAGUCUAGGUAUGCCACACUGCAUUGAAAUUUUUAACUGGCUGCAGUUUAUACAGUAUUUUAUUAAAUUAAAAAUGUUGAAAAUGUAAUUCCUCAUUGCUGUUAGACCAAAACUGUGCUUUCAAAUCCGCUGGAUAAACUCACUUUCAUUUUUAAUUACUACCAAAUUAAAAAUAACUAAUUCCCAUGUUUUAAGGCCCCUGAGACCUAAACUAUCACAGGUGGUCAUCCUAACCCUGUUCCUUUAUUCCAAUUUUCUGGAAGCAGUGUAAAUAGCUUUUGAUAUCAGUUGGAAUCAUUAUUGUCUGGGAAGACAAUUUAAGAAGAACAGAAAUAAAAUAUUCCGAUUGGCGACUGGGUUGUGGCUGAUGAGAGGGUUAACGACUUGCACAUGAAAUGUUAUCCAAUUUGCCACCAAACAAUCAAACGUAAUCUUUUUUCUUUAUUUUAUCAAUCAAAUUUAAUAGAAACAUACACUCUGCACAUUAGACCACGUGUUAAAUAUAUAUAUAAAGUAGUAACAUUGUAUCAGUAUUUAAAGCUGUAAGAGGCUCAGUUAGUAGUUAAUUUGUAAUGAAAUUUGAAAAGUUCACUGUUACAUUUAGAAAAAUAUAACUUGUGUGUGAGUGACAUCGUAGUAGUAGACCUUUCUUUGCCCGGCAGCACUUUAACUCCCAUUUACACAAUUAGCACUGGAGCAUUCUUGGUGUUGCAUUAAUAAAAGACAAUCAGUCUAACAGUUUUAUGAUGGUCUUUUGUCACCACCAUAAAAUUUCAUGAAUUCUGUCAAAGUAGGGAAAAAGCACCAUUCUGUUCCAAUAGAAGCCUUUUUUUGAAAAACAAAACAAAAACAAAUAUGUGUGCUAUUCUGUUCCAUUGCUUUGAGCAUCUUUUGAGCAGUGUUUAUUGUGUUGUAUGCUAUUUAUUUUGUAAAUGUCUUCCUGUGUCCGGUUAACCACAAAUUAAACUUACUGGAAGGGAAAACCAUAGAAGAUGAACAUGGGGACCUAUCUGAGGUCUUUUUUGGUAUUCAGACUCAUUGGACCUCCACUCAUCAGCUGUUGGCUAACUGGACUUCCACUGCCUACAUGGAGCCAACAGCAUUCAACACUGCAGAAUGUAUUGUAGUAGUCACACAUUGUACCCCUUAACCCCUGUUUCUUUUUUCUUUUGCCCAGAGUGGCAGAAGAAUGCACUCUUCAGCACUCAGAAACAAUUCCCUUGAGACUGUGAAAGAAGAGCCGAGGCCUUUUUGGCAGCUCCGUGCGGGGGCAUAGCUCAGUUAUCCUGUCAGUCACUGGACUGGCUUCAGAAAUGCCUUAAAAUGUUCAUAUCAAGCACGACUGCCCAAAGAGGACAACACACACACACACGUCAGGUUUUCAAAUCUGUGGGGACAUCUAAUUAACGUAAUGCUUUCCUUAGCCCCUUACCCUAACCAUAACCCAAUUGUAACCCUGGCACUAAAACCACAUUUUAAGUCUAAAAAAUGCCUUCAAACUUGUGGGGUCCAGGAUUUUGGUCCCCACAAGUAUAGUAAACUUCCCAUUUUUGGUCUCCACAAAGAUGUGAAUAUAUGCUCACACACACACGCACACACACACACAAACACACCUGGUAUUCCAGGUGUGUGGAUUACCAGGUGUGCACACAAACUGAAUUUUCCUGACUGGAACAAGGCUGAAUGUUUGUGUGGUAACAAAAUGAAAAAGUACACACAGAGUGUAAGGAGACUGCUCAAUCCAGACAGGCUGAAAACAAAAGUCAUGUGACAAAAUCAGAUGAACCCAAACUCUGCCCAACGCCAAGAAACGGCCAAUAAAGAGCCUUAAGGUUAAACUCACUCGCGCUGCAUGGCUGAAGAGGCCAGAAUUCAUUUUAUGUUUCUAAUCAAGCAGAAAUUAAUUAUUUUAAUGAACUGCCGAUGCCCACCUUAACUUUUUGAAGCCGUUUGUCGACGAUUUCUUUAAUCUGUCUGCUCUUGUGGAGAAUUCUUGUUCCCUAACGGCUCUCUGGCAGCUCAGCAUGCAGUAGCAUUAUAGUCGCUGUUCAAUCAGAUAUCCAAACUCAGUAAACGUUACGAGUCCCGUUUCGUUUCCUCUGGGCUGGCUCGUCCACUCACAGGUCAAGUCCACCCACAUCUCUAUUUUCCUCUAACAUGACGUGUGUACAGUUGCAUUUAAUGUAAAUACUUCAUGUCACCUGCACUAUGUUUAGUUGACGGAUAUUGUAUCACAUGCAGAUGUUUCACAGAGGAUUGUAACUCAUCUUGGCUUUUGCUGUGUUUUAGCGUUUGUACUAUUUUUUCUAUGAUUCUGUGAACGCUUGUCCUCCCUUCACGGCUGCGUUAUUGCCUGGUUUUUCUGUGAGGUUAUUUUGUGAAAGCACGCUUUAGUUUCAGCAUUAAAGGGAAUAAAGGUUUGACAUGAUUACA